AUGCCAUCUUCCGCCAGCUUGCUUGCGAUGAUGGGCGUCGUCAGCGGAGACCGAACGGUGCAGGGGCCAAGCAUCCUCUGCUUAGCUGCUGCUCCCACGCGAAGCCAGGGCCUGGCGCCUCGAAGAAAGCAGGGGAAUUCCACGAGGCGAAGCGGUUUUGGAGGUCUGGCCUCAAGAGGAGGUCCUGGGCUUUUUGGAGGGAAAGGGGAACAAAGGGGGAGGUCGGAGUGUGCCUCUGCGUGCGCAGCAGCUGCACUACGACUGACAAAAGUCCCCGCUUUGGCCGCGGGAUCCUCCUCAAGGCUGCUCCAUUUCUUCGGCGAGGGCAAGGCGAAGGCCUCCUGA